AGAUUUUUAUUGCAUAAUUUAUGGAACCCAGAAAAUUUGAAUUGAAAUACCUAGAUUGUUAGAUUGUACUGUGGCGAUAAAGUCUUUUUCAAUCAAGUUACUGUUUUGUGUAGUUUUGUAGCAUCUAUUGAAAUAGAAUGUUUGCCACACGCAGAUUAGGGAAUUUCAUCCGCGUCGCCGGUGGCUCUCGCCAGAAACACACUUUGCCUGAACUACCGUAUGAGUAUAGUGCUCUGGAGCCGGUUGUCAGUCGGGAAAUAAUGAGUUUGCACCACAGCAAACAUCAUGCUACUUAUGUGAACAACUUGAAUGCUGCUGAAGAGAAAUUGAAGGAAGCCCAGUCGAAAGGUGAUAUCCAGACUGUGAUUGGUUUAGCCCCAGCACUCAAAUUCAAUGGUGGUGGCCACAUCAACCACACCAUUUUUUGGCAGAAUCUCUCCCCAAAUGGUGGUAAACCAUCAGAUGAACUCAUCAAAGCUAUUGAAAAAGACUUUGGCUCUUUUGAAAAUAUGAAGAACCAGUUGGCAGCUGCAUCAGUCGGAGUUCAGGGUUCUGGUUGGGGUUGGCUUGGUUAUAACAAGCAGAUGAAGAAGUUGCAGAUUGCUACCUGCCAGAACCAAGAUCCUUUACAAGCAACCACAGGUUUGGUUCCACUAUUUGGCAUUGAUGUUUGGGAACAUGCAUAUUAUCUACAAUACAAGAAUGUCAGAGCUGAUUAUGUGAAGGCUAUCUUUGAUGUGGCCAACUGGAAAGAUGUCUCCUGCAGAUACGAGAAUGCUUUAAAGUAAAAAUGUUGUUUGCAUUUAUAGGUUAUAGCUUCAAAUAGAUUUAAAUAUGCAUUAAUGAAACAUAACACAUUGUGUUAGAUUGUGAUAAUAAGGUUUAAUAUAUGCUUGUUUC